AUGUGCAAUCAAAAUCAGAUAUCAAAAAGUCUUCCUUUAAAAAAACGUCGUGCCUAUAUGAUUGAUACAUCAACAACAAAUAGUGAACAAAAUGAAUAUUGUCCAACAAAAAAGAAACAAAUUUCGUCACAAGAUGAUUCACUUCAAAUGUAUAUUCCAUCUUCAUCUAUUGUUCCAACACCACCAUCAUCACCACAUUUAGAAUUAUUACGUCAACAAUACGCUUUUUUAUUAGCUAAUUCAACAAAUAUUAUUAAACAAAAUUCUUAUUAUCCAUUAACUUUUGAUAGUUUUAUGACACAACAAUAUCUUGAUAAUUUUCGAGUAUUAAUUGAACAACAAAAACAACAACAUAGUUAUACUAUCGUCGAAGAUCAACAAAAACAAACAGAUUUAACAAUAGAUGAACAUUUUCGAAAAUCAUUAGGAAAUAAUUAUAAUAAAUUUACUGGCCGUUGUUUAACUCCCGAUGAUUCAUCAUCAAAUAGUUCUUCAAUAGAACGAACAUCAGUUGAUUCAAUAGAAGAACAUUUUGCUCGUUCACUUACAAAGUUUUGGUCAUUACAUCAUAAUACAUCAUCAAAUGAAGAUCAAACGUCAUCGAUUAAUCAUCAUAUAACUGAAUCAAUUGUUGAUGAUCAUUUUGCUAAAGCAUUAGGUUCGACAACAUGGGAAAAACUUAAAGAAAAAUUAUGA